AUGGCCCACGACACGUCCUCCUCGUCCAGCAGGAAACCCCUCGCCCAGCAGGACACGUCCGCCCACGACACGUCGUCGUCCAGCAGAAAACAACUCAGCCAACAGGACACGGCCUCCUCGACGGCGUCCCAUCUGCGGGACGUGGCGACGGAGGAGGGCUUAAAUACGACCGAAAGUAGUGGCUUCGACACGAGCGGCGCGUCGUUCCUGGGACCGCUCGGCAUCGGGCCCUUCGAGUCGUCGAGCGAAGGGGCCGUCGUGGCGCCGCCCAAGCAACGGACCUUCUCGGAGACGGGCGAAGUGUCUCCUGCUCGGAAGCAGCGGCCCCCACAACCACCGGCUCGUAGGGACUGCCCGGCCAUGACGCUCGAGCGGUCGACGAUUUUUGGGUUUCGCGAGGAAAAGGACAAGUACUCGAUGCGCAAGCACGGGUCGUGCUCGUCGUUCGACCGCCAGUCCUUCGAUCAUAGUGGCCACUCGCUCUUCGGCGUCGAGUCCGUGGCGUCCGACACCGACGGGUCGCCGAUCAAGGACAAGGACGGCGUGCGGCCGGCGCCGUCGAUGUCGUCCCCGCUUACAGUGCCCGAAGAGUCGCCGUCGCCGACGGCGCUCGCGGCGCUCGCGGCGCCGCGGCAUCCCUCGCGCGUCAUUGCUUUUGCAGCCGUCGGCGCGGCGUGCGCCGCGGAAUUUGCGCUGCGGUGGGGCGCCGCCGACGCGUACCCGCGGGACGUGGCGCUCCGCGCGUCCGGCGCGUUGUGGUGCCUCGCGGCGCUCGCGGCGGCGCGGACGCUGUAGCCCCUCCCGGUCGGACGGGGUCGUGUACAUAUACUAAAUAGUGACCACAAGGGCGGCGUCGCGCGGAGAGAGAUGCCUUGUAUAUUUUGGCUCAGGGUUUGGAAAAACGGGUUUGGUGCCGUGAAUCGCCGCGCAACGAAACAGGGUUUUGACCAUCGUUUGGAUAGAUUUACAACACAGACACACGUCGCGGCCCGGCGCGAGCCAAAGCCAACGAAAAAUACGCAUCUAAUGCAGCCUGCCCACACAACACUGCUGCAGAGCGCGCGCGCCGGGCGCCAUCAUCCAGGACGUCUCCAAAUCGGACGACGCUACCAAAGCUUUUGUGAGCGACGUGUCAUCGCGGUGCGUCAAUCUGAUCGCCUGGAUGGACAUCGUGCCGCGCGUGACGACGGAUCUGGACUUCAUGGACGCAUACCUCGAGGACACGCUCCCGGCGCUCGCGAAGGACGCCGUCGGCCGGCCGCUCCCGAAACUUCUCUACUGGCUCCUCGACGCCCGCGGCAAGAUCGAUAGCCUCUACGACAAGGGCAAGGACGCCGAGCCUGUGCAGGCGCUUCUUGCUGUUGGGAAGACGCUGAUGCACGGGUGCCCCCUGAUCAUGUGGGAGAACGACACGUCGGUUCCGAAACUCAUUCGUGACCACCUCGGCCCCACCGACGACCCCGCGUUCCUCGAGGCCUACAAGUACAAGAAGCUCGAACGGGGCGAGGACCCCGUGCAGCGCGUCCUUUUCGAGCAUUCACUGACGUACCAGGGGCUCAGCUACAACAAGCAGGACUAAGUCACACAACUAGC